AUGAGUGUCCCAGCCAAUACAUGCAGUCUCAACCCUCGCCCCAACACUUCCCGAUACUCAUCUCCCUCCCCGCUAGCACCCGGACGUAUAACCACUUCCGCCGCCUCCCUCCCCAGCUGGGAUACUACCCUCCCCAUCUUACGAUUCGACUUCCCCAACGCCCAGACCCAAGCAACCUUCCACCGCGCUUUCGCCCAAAUCCGUUCCGAAAAAGACAAAGCAGCCUUUAUGAUGCGUUUCUUCGAAAACUACGACGGGCAAGUCUUGAUCCCACGGCGCGUCAUCAUGGAUACGAGUCGUGACGAGGCGCUAGCAAAGCGAGUACAGGAUAGUUUAGGGGUAGAGAUGGAGACUAGUAGGGAUGAGGGAGUUGCAAGGAGACUACAGCAGGAGAUGCAGAGGGUUGCGUUAGAUGAAGGUCGUAGGAACGAUGAAGAGAUGGCGAGGCCGAUGCAGCGACGGCUUGAUUGGGAGAGGGAACGCCAGCGGUACGGCGGUGCGGGUGGUGUAGGCCACAACGGCAGUGUGGAUCGUAUGACAGACCAGUUCGGAGGUAUGUCAAUCCGUGGCCGUGAUGUGUAUCCGGGCCCUCGUGGACCUGACUUUGGUGGAAACGCUGGUUAUGGCUAUGUUCCUCAACGACGUCCUCGUCUACCGGCCUACUACGAUGAAGGCCAGGACAAUGGUGGACCUUACCCACCAGGAUACACUCCAGACAACGAAUACGAUUACAGGUAUGGAGAUUGGGGGUAUCAUCGUGGAGGUUAUUAA